CUUUGGUGUCAUUAUUGUCAUUUUUUUUCUCUGAAAGUCAGAGCGUGGUGUGGAAUUUUCCAGGCAUUUUUCUUGCAUUAAGAGGUGCUUUAGGUCCGCGAUGGCAGCUGCAAAGGCCCAGAAUCAGCGCCGUCGGCCGCCGCAGAAGCAGAGGAACAAUGUGCAGAAGUUCAAGCAGGGCGUGCAGAAGCGCGUCAUGCGACCCAACAUGGGUGGCGUCGCCAUGUUUAGCAACUACAAUGCCAACCAAAUGAUGGACAAUCCCGGAUACAUGGACUUCAACGAGCCCGCCAUCCGGCCGCCGAUGGGCGGCGGCGGCCAGCCGGGCGGCAUGUCGAAGGUGCAGGGCAAGCUGGGCGGCGUCUCGGGCGGAAUGAUGCAGCGCAAGCAGAACCAGCGGCCGAUGGGGCAGAAUCAGCAGCCGCAGCGGCGGCGCCAGCAGAUGCCGCUGCAGCGUCCGCAGGGCGGCGGCCAGAUGGGCGGCGGGGGCGGCAGCAUGGGCGGCGGAGGGGGCGGCGGCGGCUGGGGCAAUCAGCAGCCGCGCAUGCCGCCAGCGACGCCGCCCAGCAUGAAUCAGCGUCCCGGGCCGCCGGGCCCGCCCUUCCGCGGCGGCCCCAUGCCGCCCCGCAUGCACCCCCACCCCAUGGGCCCCAACAUGCCGCCCUUCCAUCCGCCGCCCAUGAACGGGCGCUUCAUGGGCUUCGGCCCGCGGCCCGGACCGCCGAUGCCGCCGCCAAUGGGCCAGUGGCCGCCCAUGCCAGGAAUGCCUCGACCCAUGCCCGGCGGCAUGGGCCCGCCGCGCCCCCUGAUGGGCGGCGGCGGCCGCCCCAACGCCGGCAACGUGGGCGGCAAUCGCAUGCGGCGGCAGCAGAAUGCCAACCAGAAGACGCAGCGCAAGCCAACCAAAGCCAAGGGCAAGAUGAAGCCCGGCAUCACGAAAAAGCCCAACAACCAGCCACAGAAUCAGUACCCGCUGGAGGAGCCGUGGGUGACGCAGGAGAUCCGCGACCAGCACCAGAAGAAGCAGGAUCUGCAGAAUCAGCUGAAGGGGAAUCGCAAUGACGAGUUGUUCGCGUGUUUCAAGACUGAGCGCGACAAGUUCGUGGCGCUCUACGAUGCCGCCAAGGCGGAGUACAGCAAGAACAAGAGCAGCCAGGAGAAAAUUGUUGAGAAAACAUUGGUCGAGUCGGACAAUGCCAAUGGCACAGAUGCUGAAUCGAAGCCAAAUGGCGAGUAGAGUCAGAGUGAAAAACUCAAUAGUUUUUCCAUGCAUCUCUCUCUCUCUCUCUCUCUUGUGUGUGUGUGUUUUGCAUAAAAUCACACAGUUUGCAACAAAAAAAGAAAACAGCCAAGAAUUAAGAACAGCCGAGAGAGCUUGAAUGAGCUGUGGAAACAUGAGAGAGACACACUGAGAACAGGAUUUUUUCUCUCACUUUUUUAGUUCUCUUAUCGGAUCAACCCCCGAAAAAAGGAGGAACAAAAGACCGAUAAAUUUAACAAUAAUCCGCAAUUAUGUAAGACAUUAAUUUGCCUCUUUUUCUUAUCUUUGUAAUGUUAAAUGAACGUAGUUUACAACAUAAAAAAAAUUCAUGUCUUUCAACAAAUUCAUAUGCUACAAAUGUUUGCAAAAUGGAGAGAAAUCUCACAGAAUAUUUGUGGAAAAAAUAUUAAAACUUAAAUAACUUGUGUGUAAAUUCUUUCAAAAUGACUUUCAAUUUUUGAAACAUGAAAAUUAUUACCAAUUGUAUUAAAUAAAUUGAGAUUUUCUCAUGAAAAAAUCUUUUUUUUUGCUUUUGAAAAACCAAGUAAAAGUUUUUAUACCUCAAGAAAAAGUUGAUAAAAGAUUAAUUUGCCGAGGUUCAUAAAAAAACACACACAAUUUUUGUGUCGAUCUUUUGAAAGUGAAUAAAAGGAACUUUUACUGGAUUUAAAUAACAUUAAAAG